CAGAGUAGUGGCAGCAUCUGCAGUUUGUGAAAGGAGAGAAGGACUACAUUGCGAUCAUGCCGAUGUUUGUGGUGAACACCAACGUUGCCAAAUGCGAUGUGCCGGCGGGUCUGCUGUCCGAGGCUACCGAGGAGCUGGCCAAAGCCAUGGGCAAACCUGCGCAGUACAUUGCUGUGCAUAUCAACCCUGACCAAAUGAUGAUGUUUGGAGGAAAAGGAGACCCCUGCGCCCUCUGCUCCCUCCACAGUAUUGGCAAGAUCAGUGGUGCACACAACAAGCAAUACUCUAAACUCCUGUGUGGACUGCUCAACAAACAUCUGGGCAUCUCUGCUGACAGGAUUUAUAUUAACUUUGUAGACAUGGAUGCUGCCAACGUGGCCUGGAACAACACUACCUUUGGCUGAGAUGGAGGCCAACACAAUGAAAUAGAAGAUCAUUCCAGUAUUUUCUUCCAUGAAUUAAAAGAGACAAAAUGAUGAAGGAAAAUACCUGGUUAUUCACUGGUUAAUAUAUUGUAUGGCUAGGUUACAAGCACUUAACUGGACCAUUUAGCUUUGCACUGAUCCUUCUUAAUUCAAAUGCAAUAAAGUAAACCCUGUAUAACA